AUGUGCGCGGGCUCCCGGGCAAAGCUUGUGUGCGGCAGUGUGCGGCGGUCGCAGUCCUCCCCACACCCUUUCGACUCGGUCAUCCGGGAUCUUUUGUUGGGACAACCGCUGUCCAACGACGGCCGCGUCGCUCCACGACGUCGCUCACCUUUUUCGACCAAGUUUUGCCCGCUCAGAGGCGGCGUCGAGUAGAGACUACCCGCCGCGACUGGAGCGGGCUCAAUUUGAACCAGCCGAUUGAUGCCGCCGCCUUGGCCCAGCAACUCACCCUGCUCGCGGCGAACCUCGACCUUCCGAGCUCAUUACUGAACCGCGAUGACUACUCUUCAUGCAUUUUUGAUGCACUUCCAUCGCGGCUACAACAGGACUUUGAUUGCACGACUCUGAUACCCGACAAGUGGCAACACAAACCGUUUGGCCCCGGCUCGACGACGACCGCGUCGCCGCCUAGCGAGCACCAAGUCGAGCACCUCAAGGCGACCUGGAACGCUUGCACGGCCAAACUUGCGAAGGUGCUAGAGCCAGUGAGUUUUCGCUAUCUCACCGUGACCCUCUUGCUCCAAUCUGUCUUGUUUGCGACUACCGCCCUCGACUAUAUGCGAGCCCUCGCGCCCGAGCCGAAACGGGGGCCCUGUCUCACCUCGCGGCGUCACGUGCGAAGGCGAGUCCGCCACAGGGGGAGAAGCGGUAUCUUCUCGCCAGAGACCACCAGCAACCGUCGCCACCACUACGACCGUGAUUUUUCGAGCCCAGAUUGGAUUGAUUUUGGUACCGGUACCGGUACCGCGCUGCACCAUUGCCUCCCUUCUCGGCUGCGGGAAUCGGCUUACUUCAUUGCCUCCAGGGGCCCGAUGUGCUGCAGUUCCGGCCCACGCUAGAGGGCAUUCCCCGCAUCGCGUCGAUCGGCCCGCCGCCCAACUUAGCCCAGCUCGAGGGGCGGUCUUCCCAGCUUCUUGAGUCGAUUCGAUGGCACCAAGGACUUGCUUGCGUUACCAUUCAGUUUUUAUUCUGUGCCAUGAGCUAAUUCCGCUCUCCAUCCUCUCCCCGUCGAUCCUGUUCCAUAGGGCUCUCGCCUCGAGAACUUGACCUGGCGGCGGUGGAACAUGGAGCGUCUGGCCGGCAACGGCGAUGGCAUCGACCAUUGCACGACCGGCAACCCACAUGACAAGACCAACAAUUUCUCCGGGGCAGCGGAGCAGACAAACCGACCGACGUACCCUAUGCCACCACCCGGCCUCAAUCAGCGCUUCGACUUUGUCAAGGCCAAGGAAGAAUCGCUGGCACUUGAUAGCCUUUUGGGUCUUUCUUCGGCCCCACCCUUGCGAUCAACUCCUACUACUUCGGUACCACCUCCAACUUCAAUGCCACGAUCGCAGCAGCAGCAGCAGCAACAACAACAGCAGCAGCAACAGCAACACCAGCAGCAACACCAGCAGCAACGGCAAUCCUUUCAUCAGCAUACGUCUCUCCCCUUGCAUGCUCCUCAACCUCAUCACGCCUUCCAGCCGAUGGACUGGACCUCCCAAAACCUCGGGCCGCCGCCAGCGCCGAGCCGCAUCGCACUUGCCACGCCGUCUUGGACCGCACUGUUCCCUUCAUCGGCACCGCCGCCGGCAUCGAACACUUUUGCCCCCUUCUCCCCCUCGGCCCAACCGCGAGCCCAGGUGAGCGAAACGCCGUCUUCUCACGCGCUCUCGGGACCGAACUCGGGUUCGGCGUCGCCGUAUCCCUUCCAACCCCAAUCGGCCGGCUUGUUCACGCUACCGCCGGCAACGACCAUGUACGAUGACGUCAAUUCUGCCCUCGCGUCCUCUUCCGCUGGGCCUCCGGCGUUCUACUCGUCCUACGGAUUGUAUCAGCCCAUCUCGGGGCCUUAUGCACGCUUUCUUACCCCGAGUCCCGAACCCUCCGUCUUGGGCGAUUUUGAGCUUGACCUUGAACUCGCGAGUGGUGGCUCGGGCAACGGAAUCGACGUUGGCAAGGAUGGUGGUGUCCGCGAUGGCUCGAACUCGAUCUGGAAUGGGACUACGCCUGAAUCCGCUUCAAACGGAACAGGUCCUUCCCCGGCGGGCGCCUCGGUGACGGGAAGCGAUCUGCUUGAGCAGAUGACCUCGAUGUCGGGACCAUCGAGACCAGGGAUGCUCGGCCGAACCGAUUCGUAUGAGUCGAGUACACUGCAGGACCACCCGCCGAGACCGCCGACGCUGGGUUUGUUUUCGGGGCUUUCGACACUGGCUGGUGCCGCGACAUCCUCGGCCGCUCUCGGCGUGUUGGAUCAGCCGUCUGGCGAGGAUCCUUUCCAACAACUUCAGCGCCACAUGCAGGACUACGCGUUCCCCGUCGACGAUGCGACUGCGGCAACGAUGAGUGCUUGGCCGGCCACGAUCGAGGAGGACGAGAAUGAGUCCGUGCUGCCCUCUGGCUCGCUCGCGCUCGGUUCGCAGCUAGGACUGACCAAGUCGGGCAAGCCGCGGAAGCCGCGGAAGCCGCGAGCGCCCAAGGCCAAAACCGGCGAUGCGUCCGCUCUACCCGAUGCGUCAACCAUAGCCGCUUCGACUUCGAUGGGUCCCAGCCCAGAACAAGCCUCGACCUCUGCUUCAACGUCCGCCGUCUCAAUGCCACCGCCUCAAAUCGCAACACCGAAUCCUGGUGCGGCGGGCAACUUGCUCGAGACAUCUUCCGAAGAACUCGGCUCUACUGCGUCAUCCGAAGCAGGCCCUUUGCGUACUACGGGCAAGAAGAACCGCAACCCUCACUCGACCCAAUUACCAACCAACGGCGUGCGCAAAAUCGUCAAACCCGAAGCGGAAGAGGGACACGCUGGACCAAUAUGUACUCACUGCAGCAGCAUUGUCACGCCGCUGUGGCGUCGAGGCCCCGAUGACGAGCUCUUGUGCAACGCGUGUGGACUGUACCAGAAGCUGCACGGCAAGUCGAGGCCCAAGGCGUUCGCAAAGCAACCGACGAGCUCGAAGCGAACUUCGAAUUCGGCGGCCGCACAAGCCGCUGCUUCGGGUGUACCUCCCAGUUGCUUCAAUUGUGCGGCAACAAGCACACCGAUGUGGCGCAAGGACCAGGACGGGAAUUUAUGUUGCAAUGCCUGUAGCCUGUAUUGUGAGUUGGGCCAUCGCAAGGUUCCAUGACCGAGUUUCGACAACUGAGUUUGCGCCUCUCUUUUUUCUGCAGACAAACUGCACAGCGUUGUUCGACCUCCCUCACUGGCCCACAAGCGCAAAUCGACAGUCGACGGCCAUUCUGCUGGAUCAAAGACAAUCCCCUCCACUCGACGCAACUCUAUCGAUCAAUCCCACCUGACCUCGCACCAAACCUCGCUGAGUGCUUCCCCGCGCAUCAACUCGACUCAUGCUCUACCGUCACUGGCAGCUGCAGCUGCGGCAGCGGCUGCCGCCGCCGCCGCCACCGCGCCAUCGCCAAGUACCGAUCCCCCACAAGUGAACCAGUCGUGGGAGUUUAACGUUUCUGCAGUCGCCCCUCCGAUGACCCAGUCCCCCCAUUUCGCUAAUUCAAACCUGCCCACCCUCGACAACGAUCAAAGCUCGAUGGGCAUGGGUGCCAACUUCUCACUCCCAGUGACGAGCUACUCGGGCUUCAGUUGGCGAGCCAUCACUCCUGAUGAAAGCUACUCGAAUCCCGGCUCGAGGGCACCCAGUCCAGAGCCUAGGAAGAGGCAGAGGUACGAUGGCGUCGCUAGGGUUGAAGGGGGUCAACCGCAGGUCGACGGAUGA